GCCUGCGACUUUUUUCCUCCUCCGCCCGCUUCGGAGGCGGUGGGCGUGGGGGAGGGGAGAGGAGGGCGGGGCCGGAGGCCCCGAGGCCCCAGUGCGGUCGGCUGCUCGCGCUACUUUCUGUUCGCGUCGGCGGAGAGGCCGCGACGACCGCAUCAGAGCUGACGUGGGUGCGACGUGGGGCCGCCGUCGCCGGGUUGCCUGGGCGGCGGCCGUCGGGCUCUGCGUCCCCACCUCUUCCCGUCGUAAUCAGUGACGAGCCCGCUACGUAAACCCUUCGCGGCGGGAUAAAUAAAGAAGAAAGCAGGGAAGGAGCAAAACAUUAAUUACACAUGUAAUAAUAAUGAGCAAAUGUGUCAGGAAAAAGUAUAUGAGGACAAAUGUAAGGCAAAUGACCAUGGAAACAAUUGAACCACAACAGCAUCGAAGUGUAACACAUUCUGGGGCAGAGCACAGCUGUGCUCAUAUGCAGACUGGACAAAUUUCUGUUCCUACUCUAGCUCAGGUUUCUGUAGCUGGAUCAGGCACUGGAAGAGGCUCCCCAGCUGUGACUCUAGUACAGUUACCUUCAGGUCAAACUGUGCAGGUCCAGGGAGUAAUUCAGACACCACAUCCAUCGGUCAUUCAGUCACCACCAGUACAAACUCUGCAGGUAGCAACAAUUGCAGAGACAGAUGAUUCUGCAGAUUCAGAAGUAAUCGAUUCUCAUAAACGUAGAGAAAUUCUUUCACGAAGACCCUCAUAUAGAAAAAUACUGAAUGAACUUUCCUCUGAUGUGCCUGGUAUUCCCAAGAUUGAAGAAGAAAAAUCAGAGGAAGAAGGAACACCACCUAACAUUGCUACCAUGGCAGUACCAACUAGCAUAUAUCAGACUAGCACGGGGCAAUACAGUAUGUAUGCUAUGAUUCCAUAGACACAGUGCUAGCUUUAAGUCUUCCCUAGUUACAGUGAAGCAGCGUGGGCUUGGGCAUCUGAAUGCUUUAUUAUCAGCUGUACAGUGUUAACAACUGUGUGCCAUAGAAAAAAAGUACAUGUGAAAGGGAAAGCAGUAAGAUGUUUGUACUGGCAGCUGAAAAGUAAAAGUCUUUGUUGCUAGAUAUGAAAGAUAAAUGGUUAAAAGUUAAAGGGAUGGUUUUCUAUUUACAUGUUUAUAUUCAUCUCAAGUAAAAGUUUUAAAGUUCCUGUUUUUGUUGUCUUCAUGUUAUAAAUGUCUGUAUUUCAUUGUUGUUGGCUUUUGUUGCCAAUAGCUUACUACAAUUUAUCGGAAAGAGGUAAAUAUGUUUUCUAAAUUGUGUUUCAAAUGUAAUUUUGUUUUCAUUACUCUGUUAAUUUGUGCUGCAGUUUUUCUAAAAAUACAAAAAAGAUUUAACUUUCAAACUAUAGCAGUUGGAUAGAUCUCUUUAUUUGGACUUUACUUACUGGAAGCUCUAAUAAACAGAUAUAUUGGCAUUUAGUCUUGUGCAUUUUAAUGGAUUACUACUUCUGUGCUUUUUGUUCUAACUAAAGCACUAAUUAUUUUCCCAUUUUCCCGUGUCAAAGGACAAUUGAUAAACAAAUUUGAUAAUGAACUGUGGGACCUAGAAAACAAAGUAAAGGAAAAGAAAGGAAGGCAGGGGAGCUGCUGCUUGGGUACUUGGGGAUGUGUGAUGUUAAAUACUGCGUCAAAAUGCAAAGACUUUACAUUUUCAGUUUUUUCCUUUUAAAAAGUACUAAUACCCCCAAAGCUUCAAGGCUUGGCUAUUAAAACAUGUUAUUAUCUUCUUUUGUGUAUGGAAAGCUCUUACGAAGCUGUUAGGGUGUGUUGUUGUUUGUUUCUUAGAAUUUCUCC